AUGUUCAUAAUACGCCCAGGAAAGAGCAGUGAAUUUCCGUAUGCUCUAUCUGUCCGUGGCGUAGGAACUGAGAUUGCUCAUUAUCUUGUGGGAUACAAUCGAUCAUCAGACCUUUUCUAUUUAACACCACAUAUUACCUUCCCAACAAUGGAAACUCUUUUAAAUCAUUAUAAAUCAACAACAAUAGAUGGAAGACUCGGACUGACAAAACCCCGGCUUCCCCGUGUUAACCCUCCUCUUAAAUUGAAUGACUGUAAAUAUGACCUUGGAGAAUUGAAAAUUUUGGAGAAGCUGGGAUCAGGCAGAUUUGGUGUGGUUUCCAAGGCCCAAUUUGGCAAUGUCUUGAUGGCAGUUAAGAGGUUCAGGGGGGUACAAUGUAGAGAGGCCCAGAUGAUGCUCGUGCUGCAGCACCCCUCAAUUGUGCAGUUCCUGGGGAUCGCUGAAGACCCCAAUGAUAACUCUGUCAUUAUCAUGCUAGAGUUCAUGGCAAACGGGUCCCUGAAACACUACCUUACUAAACUUGGAAAAUCAAAAUUCACCUACGAUGAUCUCAUCAAAAUGGCAGAUAGAUUGGCCCAAGGGAUGGUUUAUUUGGAGUCCUUAGACAUUGUCCAUAUGGAACUACGCGCAGAUAAUAUCCUUGUUAAUAAAGAGGGUGUAGUCAAGAUAUCCGACUUUGGAUUAGCGCAAAUUCUUGGAUCUGAUAUGAACAACAAAAUAGAACAUUUUCCUGCACGUUGGACAGCACCAGAGAUAAUGCUUGGUGAGACUAAGUGCACAACCAAGUGUGAUGUUUGGUCCUUCGGUGUCUUGAUGUUCGAGAUCCUAACAUGUGGAAUGCAGCCUUAUGAAGAUCUCAAGACAGAUGAAGUGAAAGAAGCUGUACUGAAUGGCCGAAGACUGCCGUCACCAACAAAAUACGGUUUUGAGUGUCAUUCAAGAAUCUAUUCACUCAUGCAAUCCUGCUGGGACGUGGAUCCACAAAAAAGACCAACGUUCAGAGAAAUUCAUGCGAAUACGAGAGAUUCCAUUAUUAAUGAAAAUAUGAAUUAUACUAAUGCGGUCUGCAUCGAUGAGGACUAG